GAACGUUAUUGUAACGAAUUAAUCUCAAAUAUGAUUAAACUAAAAAAUUUUUCUGGAAUAUUAUUUUUAAAAUUAAUACAAGUUCAGUGUUACAGGACAUAAAAGUUAAAACAGUGCGCGCGCAUUCGUACACGAAAGAAACCUAUCCCUUUCUCUUUUCUUCUUCUCUUCCCCUUCUUGUUUAUGCCAGUCCUGCUGUGUAUCGAAAUCGAAGUUUGAUUCAAAGAAUCAUUUGACAUCGCAAGUUCUAAUCCAGCGGAGUAAUAAGAUAUUUCAAAGUGUGCGCGAAAAUUGUAUCACGUGACUUGUAGAUCAAAAGUGCAUGUCUAAUGAAUCGAUUGUCAGUGCGAUUUUUGAUCGUUCAAGCAACGCGCGUUACAAUCAAUGAAAAACAAUAAUUUUUUAUAUAAAUGAAUGUUACAUCAUUAUUAAAAAUACAUAUAUACGUAUUUCUGUAUGUGCAUAUGAUUGUCGAAUAAUAAUUGCAGAUUGUAUGGACCGUGUAAAAAUAAAUUUCUUAGAAGUGCGAAGAAAUUUUCUGUUAAGUCGACGAGAAGGAGAAGAUACUGGACGAGUUAUUUAUGAGAUCUAUUUUCACGCAAGUUGUGUUACCUUAGUGGCCUAAAAAUAUCAGUGAAAUUUGAUUAGGCACAGCUUGAUGGUUCAGUUCGGAGGUAAUGGACAUUAAACCACCGAUCAACUCUUUCGUAAAAAACAUCGAAGAAAACGCAAGAAAAAUAUUGUCAUCAUUGGAUAAGGACAAUGGAGAUCAUCGUUCGACCGAAAAGAAUUUUGUACCGGUUGAAGUUAAAAAAGAAGAAACUGAGAAUGAAAUUCAGGAAUAUGCAGCGACCACAAUAAGCGAAUUAUUAGGCUGGUAUGGUUAUGAUAAAGUGGAUAGUGGUUGUACAAAACGUUUGAACUUGGAUCAUUUUACAUCCACAUCUAAUGCAAGACAUAAUCAAAUGCAUCAAAUGGAUCAAAAUAUUAUACCAACCAAAUUAGCAUCAAGAGAUUCACCAAAUACUUUCAAUUUUUCUCCUGAUGUUUCAAGCUUACCAUUGCCAUGUUCUACAACUAUGAAUAGGCAAUUCUCCCCUUUACUUGAAUUGAAGACAGCUACAUUCAAUUCCACAUCUAAAUUUCCUUAUAAAAAUUAUAUAAGUUCCAUUUUUUCAGAUAAUGCAAUAACAUGUUCUUGGUGUGGUAGAAUGAUAAAAGCACGUGCACCAGGUGAAACAAAUGCUCUUGCUUAUAGUACAAUAAAUGUUCUGGAACACUUUUGUAGUGAAGCUUGCUUUAUAGCUGGUAAAAAAACAGUUUUUAAGGAAGCAAAAACAUGUGAUUGGUGUAGGCAUAUACGAAAUCCAAUUAGCUAUGUUGGUUUUCAGGAUGGUGAGAGUCAGUUGCAAUUUUGCAGUGAUAAAUGUUUAAAUCAAUACAAAAUAAACAUUUUUUGUCAUGAAACACAAACUCAUUUAAUGCUUCAAGGUUUAAAUAACGUUUCUUUUCACGACACAGAAAAAGGUAGUUUAAUAACUCCGGAACUUUGGUUUCGAAAUUGCCAGUCACCGCUGAAUAAUUCUACGGAAGAUACUUUUGUAACUGAUAACAAUUUAAUUUAUAAUUUAUCGCCACCUUUGCUUAAUAACGAAACAAAGGAGAUGGAACAUAAUAAAAAUGAAGAAUCAGAAUUGAGUCCAAAAACUUCAAGAAAGAAAGAUUUAAUUUGUAUUAAAAAACAUCAAAAUGCUAAUAAUUAUAGUGAAAAGAAAAACAAUUUUUAUAAUGAAAUGAGUGAAAACGAUGCUAAUGAAUACAUUAAAGAACAGGCUCUAGCAAAUGAAGAAAACAAAUUCUGUCAUUUUAUGGGUAAUCAAAACCAUUGUAGUAUUAAUAUUUCACAGAAAGAUAAUCCAAAUUGCAAAAGUUUUAAGAAAAAUUGUGAUCUGAUGGACGUUAUAAACUAUAACUCGUGUAAUUAUAAACAAGAAGAUGCUGUAACUUUAGGAAACGACAUACAUAUACAAAAUUUGCAAGAAGAAAAAGAUCAUAAUUCACUUGAAGACAUACUAAGAUUAUCACCUUGGUUUUCAAGAGCAACUGCAUCUUUAACACAAUGCAAAGUUCCACUUUUAUCCACAACUUGCACGCAUAAAUUUAAACAAACAACGAAUCAUAAUCAAAUAAGUGUAUCUCCAACACUUGUACAAUCUAGUCAAAUUAAUUCUCCUACUCAUUCAUUGCCUACAACAAUGUUACCUCAUGUUACAGUUCUAGCACCUUACUCUAUACCUAUCCCCAUACCUAUCCCUAUUCCUAUCCCUGUUUUUCUGCCAGCACCAGUUGUAACUGACUGUAUAACUGAUGAACAAAAAAGCUUCACAACUACUGAACAUACAAAAUAUAAAGACAUAACAUGUCAAGACUUACUAGGAAAUAAAUCUCAUGUACCAAAUAAAUUUGAAUUAAAUAAAAAUGAAGAUGUGACAGUGACAACAAAUUUGCAACAUAAAACACCAGAAUCAAAGGAAUGUUUUUCAACAUCUUUCAGCAGUAACGAUGAAAACAACGAUAAUUUAUAUAAAUUAAAACAAAAUACAAAACCAUUUAGAAAAAGAAAACACGCAAAUGAAAUUAUUACAGAUAAACACGAGAAGCUUCAAUUAAAGAAAAGAAAUAAGGUAAUAGCAGUUUAAAAGACACUCUAUUAAAGAUACUCUUUUUUAUAAAAUAUGUAUUCUUUUAAAUUUUUGUAAUUUAUAAG